CUCGUUUCUCUGUCAGACGCCACUACUGUUUUUUCACAGAGAGAGAGAGAGAGAGAGAGAGAGUCCGAAUGAGGUUCUCAGCUUCUUCAGCGUUCUCACCACGGCUGCCUCGGUUAUGCAUAAAUCCAAGCACUCUCCGUUCAACCUCAACCUUCUGCCCUUAUCCUGCGCACCCUUGCGAGCAAACCCCUCAACAUUCAAACUUUCAACUGAAACCCUCCUUAGAAUCAGGAUUUCCGGAUAAACCCAUCUCAGAAACAGGAUUUCCAGAAACCCCUAUUACAGAUACAAAAUUUGUAGAGAAUCCCACCUCAGAAACUGUAAUUCCAGAAAAGCCCACAUCGGAAACUGUAUUUCCAGGAGAAAUUCAUCGCCCCUCAAACCUUGUCCUCUCUCAAGAUCAUGUAAUAGAGGUUCUUCUCAACAACCGCGACAAUCCCGAAUCCGCACUGAGAUACUUCCACUGGGCCGAGCAGCAGCGAGGAUUCAUCCGAGGUGUCGAUUCCCUGUGCACCAUGCUCCAGAUCCUGAUACAGUCGGGGAAAAUCAGCAAAGUUCGCUGGCUUUUGCAACGGUCGAUUUCAGGCAGCUCCGGUCCCAGUCCAACCGUCCUAGUAGAUCGUCUGAUAGAGGUCUCCAGAAGGUGCAAUUCCAAAACUCCUUAUCUAUUCAAAUUAACAUUAGAUAGUUAUGUGCGGAAUGGGCAGCUCAAAGAGGCUAUCGAGUGUUUUACUGCGAUGGUGAAAAAUGACGUAGUCCCCGGCAUUAGGUCUAGAAAUAUCCUCUUGGCUGCUUUGGUGCGAUCAGAUAUGAUUCUGGAAGCUCGGGAGUUGUAUAUGGAGAUGCAAGAUAGAGGAAGAGAUUGCAAUUCUUUUACUCUCAAUGUGAUUAUGCAUGCUUGUUUGAAAGAAGGGAAGCCUGAGGAAGCCGAGGAGUAUUUCAUAGAAGCAAAGUCUCGGGGAUCUGAGAUCGAUGCUAUUACAUAUAGUACAGUGAUUCAGGCAGUUUGCAAGAAACCCAAUUCAAAGAGAGCUUGUGAAUUGUUGAAAGAGAUGAGAGAUUUAGGUUGGUUUCCGUCCGAGGCUGUAUACACGAGCGUAAUUGGAGUUUGUAUGAAGCAGGGGAAUAUGGUAGAGGCGUUGAGGUUAAAGGAUGAGAUGAUAAGAAGUGGACAUCUGCUGAAUUUGGUGGUCGCGACAAGUCUGAUAAAGGGCUAUUGCAUUCAAGGUGACUUGGAUAGUGCUUUGGACAUGUUCUCCAUGAUGGUUGGUAGUGGGAUUGCUCCCAAUGGUGUUACCUAUGCGGUCCUGAUUGAAGGUUGCUUUAGAAAUGGGAAUAUGGAAAAGGCGAUGGAGCUUUAUGGGCAGAUGAAAAUGAUGGGGAUUUCACCGAAUGUUUUUACUUUCAAUUCGUUGAUUCGGGGGUUCUUGGGAAAGAAGAUGUGGGAAGAGGCGCUGAAGUUGUUCAAUGAGGCAGUUGAAUUUGGAGCAGCCAAUGUUUUUACUUAUAACAAUCUUAUAUAUUGGUUGUGUAAUGAGGGUAGAAUGAGGGACGCUUGCGAUUUAUGGGAUAAGAUGGUUCUGAAAGGAGUGGCACCAAGCAUUGUUUCAUAUAAUAACUUGAUACUCGGCCACUGCAAAGAAGGGAAUAUGGUUGAGGCAUCUACCGUGUUCUCCCAAAUGCAUGAGGAAGGUAUCAAGCCCAAUGUUGUAACCUACACUACUAUGAUGAAUGGGUAUUUCAAAAAGGGGGAGUUCAAUCAAGCAUUCAAUCUACAUAACCAAAUGUUGGACUUGAGGAUUGCUCCCAAUGAUUUCACGUUCAACACUAUCAUCAACAGGCUUUGUAAAGCGGGCCGGACAUCUGAGGCAGUUGAUAUGCUCAAGAAGUUCGCAGAGGAGGGAUUUGUUCCCAUCUGCAUGACUUACAACAGCAUCAUCGAUGGCUUCAUAAAAGAGGGCAGCAUGAACUUGGCCUUGUCGAUGUAUCACCAAAUGUGUGAAAGUGGGGUGUCCCCUAAUGUCUUUACGUACACAAGUUUCAUUGAUGGGUUCUGCAGAAAUGGGAGUAUAGAUCUUGCUCUGAAGAUGUGGAAUGAGAUGAAAAACAAGGGUCUCCAAUUAGAUGUUGCUGCGUAUAAUGCUCUAAUCGAUGGAUUUUGCAAGAAAGGAAAUAUGGACAGCGCACGUGAGCUUUUCGAAGAAUUGGUUAGAGUAGGUUUGGCUCCCAGCACCGUCAUUUACAACACCCUGAUUGGUGGGUAUAGGAAUCAAAACAAUAUGGAGGCAGCAUUUGAUCUGCACAAGAGAAUGUUUGAAGAGGGGAUUCCUUGUGAUUUAGCUACUUACACAACGUUAAUAGAUGGAUCACUGAAAGUGGGUAAUAUCCUCUUUGCUUCGGAACUCUAUGCUGAGAUGCUGGCCAAGGGAGUUGAGCCUGAUAUCAUCACGUUUACAGUUCUCAUAAAUGGUCUAUGCAAUAGUGGACAGCUGGAGAAUGCACGGAAAGUCUUGGAUGACAUGGAUAGAGAGAAGAAGUGUCCUAAUGUUCUUGUUUAUAACGCCUUGAUUGCGGGAUACUUCAGGGAAGGCAAUAUGCAGGAGGCUUUUAGAUUACAUGAUGAAAUGCUUGAUCGAGGCCUUGUGCCUGAUGAUGUGACUUAUGAUAUUUUGGUGAAUGCAAAGGUUGAAAGCAACGUCUCCCUUGCUGGUAGAUGAAGCUUUGGAUUUUCUCGAGAUAAUUUUAUGUCACACCCAAGCAAAAAAAGCGUGGAAGCAUAUGAUAUUUAUCACCGAUGCUCAAUCUUCUACCAUUUUUACAUGAAGCUUUUGCCGAAACUGCUGGCUUAUACAGCUCUGUGGUGAAGGUCAGCUCCUCUGCUCCAUUACUAGUGCCCACAUUGGUUGUGAAUUGAUGGCCUCCACGGCUGCACAGUAGUCUUCAAAGGGUCUGGCUCGGUUAUCAAAUGAACCAUGCUUGUCAUCUUUGUGGCCUCCCGAUUCAUGAUGUCUUCAAGUUUCUGAAGGCGAUUUCAACCGCUUGUUGCUCAGCGCAUGCUAUAUUGCUGCCUCCUGUUGCUCUGCCAGACGAGCCUCAGCUUCUGCAGCGGCGUUGUCAUCCAACAUUUUCUUUAAUAGCUCUUUCUCGGUUUGCCUUUCUUUGGUGUGGUGGGUGUGCAGCUCGGCAUUUGUCAUCAACAACCUAGUGCUCAGCCCCUAUGCUGUGCUUGGAGUAUUCAUCUUUAUCAUGAACCUGCAGGUUGUAAAGGUGGUGCCUAUAGGACAUUCUGGGUUGCGCCAUUGGCUAGACAAUAGUGAAUUCUUCCACAUUGGUCGCAACACUGGCAGUUGUAUGCUCAGCUGACAUCAUUGUCAUCUGAAGUGGAUCUGGAGCUUGAUGAGCCGCUGGAGUUGGAACCGUUGGACGUGGAAUAAUUGCUAGCAUCAUCUUGUUCUUGGCCUUGGUUCUCGGCAUGUGGUGGCACUUCUUGGUCAUCAUCUUCAAACACAGUGCCCCUGCUUGGGUCAUGUUUGGAGUCUUCCAUGCUGUGUUCUGUUUCUGCUGUGAUUGGGUUGCCGGACGAGUUCUCGUAAUAUGGAUUCCUUUCUUCAUUGCCCGAACCCUUGUUAGGCACCAUUCUGCCUGGAGCAGUCAACACAUCAUCCUCACAAUGGUUGUGAAGGUCCAAUCUCUGGGGUACUCUGACCCAAUGCAGUAUCUGAUUAUUAUUUGAUUGCUUGUCUACCACCAUCAUAUUGAACCCACCUGAAUUCUACGCCCACUUGUUGGUUUUCCCACCUCGGUAACGACAUUCACACAAGGUCAGCUGCAGACACUCCUAGAUGUACUCGGUGAUACUGUUGAGCAUACCCACACACCCAGUGGUAGGUGACCAGUGGCUUCCUCUAUUAGUCAUGUAUCGCAAACUGAGCCCAACUCUGUUGUACAAGUCCUACAAGCAACUGCCUCCAGGUGCCCGCCUAGUGGUUUGGUUCGAAGUCAGCGUCACGAAUAACAAUCAGCAUAUCCGACCAGCAUAGAGGGAUCUCUUGGUCAUAGCCCAGCUAAUAAGCACCACGGCAAAGAUACUAAGGCUCUCUCCAAAAUUCAUCACUCUUCCUUACUAGUAGCAUGUGUGAACAAGUGCUGAUCAAGUAUCCAUUUUCCUUCAGUGCUGUGACCCGUCAUCACUCUCCUGCCUGACACCAGGCUGUGAAGGAACUGUCGUUGUGGCACAUGGUCUGAAUUCUUCAAAAGGAUUUUGGUGGGGAUAGCUUCUUCCGAUUCAUGAAACAGAAGAGCGACAAGCCGGUUGUGCUGUGCAAAUCCUGGUAGUUAUCCCCAUUCGUCCAGGGGAAAUAUAUUCAUGGGCGAGCCACAUAGAUUAUGCAAUGGGUAGAAGGUAUCUGUAAACUCACCAUAAACAAUACAAAAUCGACAAAG